CGACACCUUUCCGUCUGGUCGAAACAGCCCCGCUACCCAAGGGACGAAGUGCAACACUUAGGGGUUUACGUUUCUUUGACUUGAAGCUUUGCAGUAACCUGCGGCUUCACAACCACUUUCUCUCCAACCAUUCUGUUGAAGGCUUACAAAGUGCCAAGUAAUUCGCCAUGAGCACAACACCAAAGCAGCGCCUUGCGCUGGCUAUCUGCGACUUCCUGUCGACGUCGUUGACCGAUGGCACCCUGACUUCCGAAGAGAAGGACUCGAUUGACAUCGCCAUCAACUGCAUUAGCGAGUCCUUCGGCGUGGACUUCUCGGACAAGGCCGCUGUCUCGCAGGCUAUCGGCUCGCAGAACCUCUUCCAGAUCUACUCGGUCUACGAGAAGCUCAAGAAUGCCGUCCCACCCAAGCCAACGGGUUCCGAGGCCUCAACCUCCUCUUCACCACCUCCUUCCACCGCCACCCCGACCGAAGAGCAAAAGAAGCAGGCCGAGGCUCUGAAGUCCAAGGGCAACGCGGCCAUGGCUCAAAAGGAUUACAACGCCGCCAUCGAUUACUACACUCAGGCCCUGGCUUUGCACCCAGGCAACGCCAUCUUCCUGUCCAACCGUGCGGCUGCGUACAGCGCGGCCCGGGACCACGAGGCUGCCAAGGCCGACGCCGAGGCCGCCGUCGCCAUUGACCCCACGUACACCAAGGGCUGGAGCCGGCUGGGCCUGGCGCGCUUCGCACUGGGUGAUGCUAAGGGCUCGAUGGAGGCGUACCAGAAGGGCAUCGAGUAUGAGGGGAACGGUGGCAGCGAGGCGAUGAAGAAGGGCUACGAGACGGCCAAGCGGAGAGUCGAGGAGAUUGAGGCGGAGGAAGCGGCGGCCGCUAACAAUUCAUCGACCCGGAAUGCUGGUAGUUCAGGCUCGCCGGGCCUGGCUGACCUGGCUGGAAUGUUUGGCGGCGGCGGCGGCGGCGGCGGCAUGCCUGAUUUUGCCUCCAUCAUGAACAACCCCAUGUUUGCAUCCAUGGCCCAGAACCUGAUGAGCAAUCCGGAGAUGAUGGCCAAUCUGAUGAACAACCCCCGCCUGCGCGAGUUGGCCGACUCCUUUGGCCGCGGUGGCGGCAUGCCUGACAUCAGCUCGCUCAUGUCAGACCCGAGCGUUGCCGAGAUGGCCCGGAAUUUGAUGGGCGGUGCUGGACGGGGUGGUGCUGGAAGGUGAUAGUUUCCUAUCAUGAUGUUUGCCAUGGUCAGAUUCCUUUCUAUAAGGGUCUCUGAUCGCGUGUGAAAGCAGCAGGUUCAGGUGUGGUACAUCAAAUGCUGUUUUCGAGUCUCAUUACCAGCUCUCCUACUGGGGACUCUGUUAUCCAACUACUAUCUCGCGCGGGAGCAUUCUUACACGAUUGAUGGACACGUC